AUGGACGACGGACUGUCUUACCCGAGUUUGAGAUGUGUUUUGGAGCACGUUGAGGCUAAUAGAAGAAUCCGUCUUGCCUCCCGCUGCCCGGUUAUCCACGACAUCGAGAAAACCAUCCCAUUGCAUUUGGAUUCUCUGUCUUUCGACGACAAUGCAAUCCGACUCAAUAAUAUCUGCUAUCGACUCUGUGUGAAUUACGACGAAAUCGACGAAUCCGACGAACGAUACGAACGAGAUAAACCGGAAGAGUGCCGAUUGACUCCAGGAGAUAUUCAAACAGGAUCACUUCCAAAUAAGCCGUGGGAGUCGAAAUAUCUGGAAAUUCUGUUUGAGAUCGAUUCCGAUGAGAUCCACAGCAGACGUCUUCCAUCUGACUGGAAAAUCCACGAGGCAGAGAAGAAGAUGGCGUGUAUUCUAUUGGGAGGUCGCGCGAAGAUCAGAGCAAAAACAUUGGCAUUCGAGUUUUACGGCGAAUCAGUGAUUCGUCUACCAGAAGGUUUCAAAGUCAAAACGAGUGCACUCGAUAUACAAUGUGGAAGUUUCGAAAGUAUUUUGGGAAUAGUGGAUCCGAUGAGUUAUCCACUUCAAGACAUCUUCACUUCAAUAGAGCGACCGAGAAUGCUCGAGAACCCUGUACUGAAAAGUGCAAAAAAGCUGUUUAUCUCAAAUGAAUACAUAGAUGAAGAGUUUAUUGAUGAGAUCUACGAAGGAUUAUGGAAAUUGGAGAACAAGACAGUAACUGUGCAGUUAGAUAUGGAAGAAGAUAAUAUAAUUGAUCUAUUUGAUAAUUGGGUCAAGAGUCUUCGAGAUAUUGGAUCGACUUUCACGUUAUGCGUGAGAAAAGAAAUGACAAUGAAAGCGUUGGGUACGGUCAAAAAGAGAUUUAAUGGGAAGUAUGUUCAGUUGAAUAGGCCGUUGGAUGAACCGGAUGAGAAACUGGACCCCAACUACAAAUGCAUCUCAUUCCCAACGUCUUCUAACUCGGAACUUGUGACAUAUGUAUUAAUCUCAGAAUAUGGUUCUCAAGACAUCAAACUGGAAAUGAUGCCACGUGGAUCCACAACAUCAUUGGAGUCGAGUAUGUCGAUGUCUGGAGUUCUGAACUCAUUGGGAGCCGCGAUGAAUUUGUAUAAUCUUAUUAUUUGA